CGCAUAUAUUGAUGACGUAGGGCAAACAACACAAUUUCCUCGUAAACAAAGAAAGCCAACAUGAGUUCGACGUCAUCAUCAAGCUCAAACAGCAUUUUUGACAGUCCUGUGCGUCUAGGAAAAAGGAGAGCCUCCCAAAGAAGAGCAUCCCCAAGCACAAGUGCCACAGAGAGCCCAAUUCGACCAGCUCGUGGCAGAGGAAGGGGCAGAGGAAAGGGCAAAGGUCCGGCUUCCCGAAAAGGCAAAAAAUCUGUUCGGGAAGCUGAUCCAAAUAGGGAUGAAGUUGCCCUUUCUGUCAUUCAAACAAGGAAAGACAGAUUUCGAGAAGACAUGAAGACCAUGCCAAGAGAACAGCUUGAGGAAAUAAUAUUGGGGGUCCUAGAUGAGAAUCCUGGUCUUAUAUUGGACUUUCAUAAGCCAGUAGCCAGGGGUGAAGGUGGAUACCAUCCACCUGAGGGUGCUGAGUCACCAGACUGGUGUGUGUGUGGAAAAUGCAGGGAAAUGCCAACCCAGGCAGAGCGAAUAUGCUGCGAAAGGGAGCCAAGACACUGCUUUUCUCUACUGCCUGACUUCACGGUUCUUGUGCUGGACCCUGCAGUACUGAGACUGGCGAGACUGCAGCGAAGGGACAUCCUUCUGCUGGAUGAUGCUGAUGAAGAGGACCCGCACAAGGCCAACAGACAUGCUGCCUACAGACAAUAUAUACUGUGGGCACAUGGAAGGCUUGGAGUAGGCAACAGAAGAGUUAUUCCAUCAUGCUGUGUUUGGGCGAUCAGAGACAAGUACCCUAACCCCUUCCAAAUUUAUGUGGGUUUUGUUCCUGCCCGUCUUGUUUGAAAAGGUGUGACAUUAACCCUACAGCUUUGAAAGGCAUCAGCUUGAAUUAUGGUCAUGCAGGGCUUGUUUUCCUUCUGUAACAAGGGCCUUAUAAAGGCCCCUUCCCUAAGGGAACUUUUUUACCCCAAAUAAUAUGCUUACUUUGGGAAAUGUGUUCCCCUUUUUCAUUUUUGUUGAAAAAAAUUUCCCCAAAAUUGAAGGCCAUGCCCUUUCCCAAAUAAAAAAAAAAGCCCUGUCAUGUAUUGCAAAACAACAAAUCAUCAACUUUUUAUUUAUGAAACAUUAUCAUUGUGAAUAAAACAAUAUAAUAAAGUAUUAAUAAUAGUGAUUUUUGGUAAAUUAUAAAAUUAAUACAAAUUUUCUGUGUUGUAAAUGUGUCUCCCAAUGUUAUAAUGUUAACCCUUUACAUCCUGGGAAAUUUGUCGUCUGCUAAAAUGUGGUCUGCUGAAUUUCUAAAAUUAGCAUUUUCAUUGAUUUUUUUAAAGAAUACUAUCAGCAUAGCAAACAGUUUGGAUCCUGAUGAGACGCCAUGUUCUGUGUCAUAUCAUCUGUAUCUAAACUGUUUGCAAAGGCCUUCAAAUUUCGGUUCCCGCACUGAGUCAAAGUAUUUUUAUUUUAUGUUUAUUUAAGUUGACUUACUGUCUCUGGUAAGAUUGUAAACUUGCAAACUAUGUAAUAAAUUGGUCCAUUAAGCUUUCACGUCGGUCAGUCUCUUUUGUUGUAAACCAAAUUUCUUAUUGCAACUUAAUUAUUGAAUUUGGUGUAGUUGUUUUAUACCGCUGGAACAAGACACUGAUAUUGGCAUUGAUACCUCAUAAGUUAAGGUCACAGGUUCAUUUAAAUAACUUUCUGUGACAGCCUUGUCCAAGUGUGGUCAUUAGUUCUGUUGUCCCACUUCAUAAUUUGUAUAGGUGUUGCAUUCAUCAAUAAGACCCAUAUUGAUUUUGGCGUUGAUACCUUCAAGGUCAAGAAAAAUUGUAUUGUUAAUGUGUAUAACGGUGUUUAUCGACAUGAUAUAUGACACCCUUGUAUGAGUGAUAUUGCAAAGUUCUGUUUGACUUUCCGUCUUCACAUUUUGUAUAAUUUUUGUUUAUGACAAGACAAAAGUAUCCAUUUGUAUUGAUACACCAAAGGUGAAAGUCAUAUUUUAAUUUCAAUACAUAUAUGUAUUGUGUCUAAGUGUGUGUCUUAGUGAUAAAUCUCAACUUUGGUAUGGAAGUUGCAUGUAACUAGUUCUGUUCAGAGGUCAAAGUCAUAUUUUAGCCUUUCAAUUUUAUAACACAUAACAUAUAACAGCUGUAUGGACAUUUUAGGGGGAAGACAUGUUUCACAAACAUUCCUUGUUUAUUUCGUAUAUCCAUUUUACUUGUUGUAAUUUAAUUAGUUACACUAUUUUCUGUGUGAAUAAGUCCACGUAUGUUGUAUUGUUAGCAGUUUGUUCAAACUGUGUUAACUUUUAUGUAAUUGAUAAACAUUUCUGCAUAGAACAAUUUAUAUAUGCGUCGCAUUCUGAGAAAACUGGGCAUAAUGCAUGUGCGUAAGGUAUCGUCCCAUAUUAGCCUGUGCAGUCGGCAUAGGCUAAUCUGGAAAAACACUCCGCUUUUAUGGUAUUUUUCGUUUAAAAGAAGUCCUUUCUUACCAAAAAUCUUGUUUAGGGUUUAAGUGUCUUCCACGAUUAGCCUGUGCGGACUGCACAGGCUAAUCUGGGACAACACUUUACACACAGGCAUUUUGUCCAGUUUUCUCAAAACGCAACACAUAUGAUGCAUGUAUAUGAUAUUUGUUAUAGAGUAUUUUAUGCAUUAAAUGAAAAAACAGCAUAUAAAUAAGUUUGUUUAUUUUUAUUGGCAGUAAGAAUAUCAACAUGUUAACCACUACAUAAGUAUAUAUGCACAGUCAUUACAAAUAACAUGCAAUUUCAGUAACUUAAGACAGAAAAUUCAAGUAUCAAACUGCUUUGCAAUUGCUUCUGACUUAUUAAAGUAAUUUUAUCUAGUUUUGUUUGGAACGCUGCAUACUAAGAUUCAAUGCUAAGAGCAUGUUUGACAAAAUUACAACAAAGGUAACAUGUAUGUUAUUUUUUUAUAAUGUCUACUACAAGGAUAUAAAUAUUACCUCGAGCUGAGUAGCCUUUGCCCCUAAAAUUUGUGAUGCGCUCAAAUGUUUUUAGAACAAAUAUUUUAUAA